UGAAAAAGGAAGAAAGCAUAAACAGCACGAGACGUAUACUACAACCUCCAGGUAAGUUUGAAUGUCUCUUUGUUUGCUUUACUUUCCCACAAAAGCAUGAAUCCUAACGCUCCGCUUGUUCCACAAUGACAUUUCCACUCUGGCUGCUUGAGUAAAAAAUGCGUAGAUAUUUUUUAGGCAAACAAAGCAGUUUCAAUGAAUUUAUUUUAGUCAGUGAGUGGUGCAUGUUACUUAGAGGUAGGUUUUAUUGAAUGCAGCAUGUUGCUUAGUGAAAGAGCAGAAGUCGGAGCUAAAUAAACACACCUGCUCACAUCAGAGAGCAUCUGUUCAUCAGAAAAUGCGUAUUUAGAGAUUUAUCUAGUCACUUUCAGACUUAUUUUUCGCUUUGCGUGAUGUGUUUCAUAAAAUGAAGUGUAAUCUUCCUUUAUCUCAUUUGUUGAAGUGGAAACAUGAGCUCCGUGUACAUGUUUCAUGUGUCAACAUGGGGGAAGACGGGUGCUGCAUUUGACAAGCGUGUGCUACUGCAUUAUGGCUUCUCUUUUGUUCUCCUCCUGUCAUUGGAGACAUUCCUCCUUAUUGCUCUUUUUUGUGUAUUCUCUCUAAUCUCAUUCUCAGGCUGCUUGUUUUUAUUUGAUAAUGUCUUGGGUGAAAGGAUUUAAAGGCUCGGCUGUGGCACGGGGUCUCAUACCCUGGAUCUUAUUGACUAACAUCAUGAUGGUCCUUUACAGCUUCCACAACACAAACCAAGUGAAUAUCGGGAACUCUGAAGAUGACACCUGUCCUAUCAGUGUUGCUAAAUCUUUACAGAAAAGUCAAACUGUGGUGUAUCAAACUUCCAGAUCUAGGGAAGAGUGCUCCCCCAAGAUAAACAUCAUGUUCAUGAAAACCCAUAAAACAGCAAGCAGCACCAUCCUCAACAUCCUUUUCAGAUUUGGGGAAAAACACAAGCUCAGGUUCGCCCUUCCUGACGGGCGCAAUGACUUCUUCUACCCAGCUCCAUUCCUGCGCUCCCAGGUGAAGGACUACAGGCCAGGGGAGUGCUUUAACAUUGUGAGCAACCAUAUGCGCUUCAACCACCAGGAAGUGGCCACACUUCUGCCUCCAGACGCUGUAUAUGUCACCAUCCUACGUGACCCGGCUGACCUCUUUGAAUCAGCCUUCCAUUACUACCACAGAGUGAUUCCCCUCACGUGGAGCAUCGGUGGGGAGAAUAAGCUGGUUGAGUUUCUGAACAAUCCUCUGGCCUUCUACAGUUCAGAGGCUUUUAACUCAUUCUAUUUGAAAAAUCUGCAGUUUUUUGACUUUGGUUUUGAAAACAACCUGGAAGCUGACGAUCCCCAUGUUGCAAAGAGCAUCCAGUACUUAUCAAACCGCUUUCACCUGGUCCUCAUAGCAGAAUAUUUUGAGGAGUCGUUGAUCCUUCUCAAGGAUUUACUUUGUUGGAGCAUGGAGGACAUUCUGUAUUUUAAGCUUAACAUGCGGAAAAGCUCAUUUGUGUCCCGGUUGGACUCUGAGAUGAGACGCAAAGCUUUGCUGUGGAACUGGGCGGACUGGAAACUCUACCAAUACUUCAAUGAGACCUUCUGGGCUAAAGUGGAGGCUUAUGGUGCUGAGAGGAUGAAAAAGGAUGUCAAAGAAUUGAAAAAGAAAAACAUAGAGAUGAAAGACAUCUGCAUUGAAGGCAGAGAUGCAGUCGAGGCGCAAAAGAUUCAGAACUCACGCUUCCUGCCUUGGCAGCCAGUCGGAGAGCAAUCCAUCCUGGGAUACAACAUUAGAAGAGAGAUUGAUCCCAGAUUCAGGACACUUUGUGAGAAAAUGCUUACGCCUGAAAUACAGUACUUAUCAGACUUGGGAGUAAGCCUCUGGAUUACAAGACUUUGGGGCUGGUUAAAAGAUAACAUUUCAUGACUUUCAUUUUUAUGACUGAAUGUGUUUGGAAGAUGUAUUUGAAUAAAUUAUUUUGUUUAUAUGGAGUGCCAUUUGUAAAGUUACGCUGUCAAAAUGUUACAACAAUGUUUUGAAUUAUUUCGAAUUUAGAGAAAAAAGUGGAGGUUAUUUUUUCUAAGUAAUACUUUUACCAUGUCCUUCAAACAUGUAAACAUGUCACAGUUUAAAAUGAAAACAUUUUGUUUGCAAACUACAAACUAAAUGUACUACCAUGUACUACCACAUACUUUUAAUGUGAAGCUACAUAUUAAGUUUACAAACAAAAAAUAUUUAGCUUGGAUCUAGAUAUUCAGUUUGGAGCAAAAUACAUGUGAAUGGGUGGAUGAUUGUGUAGUUUAACAACUCGAAGGGACCGUAGAACUUUAGAAUGUGCAAUUGAAAUACAGAUCUUUAGCUCCAAAUGAAAUAUUUAGUUUACAACCUACAUGUUUAGUUUGCUAAAUCAAUGAUAUUGGUCACACCUAAAUAUUUAUUUUCCAGACAAAAUUUUUUUUAUUUGACAACUAAAUAUUUAUCUUGGAUCUAAAUAUUCAGUUUGGAUAUAAAUAAUUUACUAAAUAAAUAUUAAACUCCAAAAGAAAUAUUUAGUUUACAACCUACAUAUUUAGUUUGCUACCUCAAUUAUAUAGGUCAGACUUAAACAUUUAUUUUUCAAACUAAAAAUGUAUUUUGCAAACAGAAUAUUUGCCUUGGAUCAAAAAUGUCAGUUUGGACCAAAAUAUUUUAUAUUUUUGUAUAUAUAUACACAUGUAUACAUGUAAAUAAAUACAAAAUUAAAAUUUAGCUCCAGAUGAAAUAUUUUGUUUGUAUGGUAGCUAUUUAGUUCCAAAUAAAACAUUGCUAACUAACCCAAAAUGUUGCUGUUAAAUGUCGACUGUGUAACUUUACAAACAGCACCCCAAAUAUUUGAAGUGUGUUUAAGUUCUCUAAGAGCUAGAGCUGAAGCAUAAAGGUUUGAUCUGUGUUCAUGCUGAAUAAUGUGAUUGCUUUGACAUGUGAAGCAUGCUAACACGGUGUUUACACCAUUUUAAAAUGGUUCCAAGUUUAAUGAUCAAGCCAAAAAAUUGGAUUCCUGUUGUUUUGGCCGCACACUUCUGUCUUCCAUCCUCAUUUUCAUACAUUUCCAAAGUAUUUUGGCUUGCUCAUCCUAUACUUCCAGGGACAAUUUUGACCGGUUUUGGCAUAUUAGCCUCACACCCUUACAAGAUAUUAAGUACAAACCAAUUCACUUUUUAUUUGUGCUUGUGGGACUAACUGUUAUCGAUCAUUUAUUUGACAUGACUGAAGCACUGACACAUCCCCAACUCCACCUUUCCUAAAACAAGGUUUAGGUUAUUAAUGUAGUUAAUUUAAGUGCCUAUAGAAACAAUGGUAUUGGUGCUAACCAGAAAAGAACAAUAUGACUGUAUGAACAGGAAACAGCAUAAGGGCUCAGUUAUUUCCUCAGUAGGCCAGUGCUGACUUACUGUUUAGCCAAGUCUUUUUUACUUAAAGAUAAAUGUCUCGUCACUAACCUGUCAGGUAAUUCACCAGACAUGUGCUAAGAGGUAAGAAUUCCCAGCAUUUAAUGUAAAUCACUGGUAACAUUAAUGCCCUCCUCAAGAAUGGGUUUACUUAUGCAAACCAGGUUGCUGCUGGAAACAAACCCCAUCUUUUUGUGUGAACUCAUUCUUGUAACUGUGAUAAGAUUCACCUCUUCCUCCUCAAAAAAAAUAAAUGUUUUACUAUAA